GCUUUAGCAUUUAUGGUGACAUUUGGCCGGUUGUCAACAAAAAUGCUUGUUGUUACUGAUAAAACUUUGUAAAGACUACUAAGUACUUGUGAUAAUUAUUAGUACUACAUUGAAAAUGGUUGUAAAUAAUAUAGAUAAAUUGGCAGAGGAUUUAGAGCGACAGGAAUUAGAGGCUUCAACUGGUGUCGCGCCCCCUCAAGUUUAUGAACAACUACUAGCGAUUUAUUUAUAUCAGAAUGAUCUGUGUAACGCCAAGUACCUAUGGAAGCGUAUACCUCAAAGCAUAAAAGCUUCUACUCCAGAGUUAGCAAAUAUUUGGGCUGUUGGUCAGCAUAUGUGGAAAAGAGAUUUUCCUGCUAUUUAUAAAGCUUUAAAUUCUGUUACCUGGUCCGAUACCGUGGCACAUAUUAUGAAACAGGUCCAAGAUGUGAUCCGUAGUAGAGCAGUAGACCUUAUAUCGCAAGCAUAUUCGUCGAUAACUCUAGACACUGUAUCCGCGAUGACUGGAUUGACACCCGACGUUUGUAUCCCGGCUUGUGCCGAGAGAGGCUGGUCGGUGGAAUCAGAUACUCGUAUAGUUCAUCCUGUUAGACAAAACAUUGAACACAUAGGUCAGACUAGUAGCGAAGACCAAUUGUAUAAAUUGACGGACUUUGUAUCAUUUCUGGAAAAUUAAGUUAUUUCUUGUAUAAAUUUAAGUAAUAAUAAGUAUAUUUAAUAAAAUAUUUCUGUAAAGUUCA